AUGCUUCUCCUACACCAGAUCGGCAGCGUCAAGGUAGGCGAGGUGGUCCGCUACACCGUCACCUACACCCCCUCACACGACCGCAUCCUGCCCUCCCCGGAGGUCUUGCACCUGCGCAUCCGCAACACCUCGGCCAUCGCCCUGCGCGCCGCCUUUGUCCACGGGCCCUACACCCUCUCCGUCGCCGCCUACCCCUCCCACUUCGACCCCAACCGGAAAUUCCCCGACCCGCGGCGCUACGGCGUCCCCGAGUUCGAGCCCAUGCUCAAGGCCGGCGGCGUCUGGAGCUGCCGGCUCGUCGUCCCCGAGGACGUCCGCCAGACCGCCGGCGAGGGCACGCGCCACGGCUACUUUGGCGGCGGCCCGGACAAGGAGGGCCAGUCGGUCUCGUGGGUCGUCGAGGUCGCGAGCCAGGUCAUAUUCUCGGCCUCGGCCGCCGUCAACUACGAGGUCAUGGUCGCCCGCGACGAGAAGUCGCUCAGCAUCGGCGCCUCCUCGACCGGCAUCCCCGUCGUCGGCGGGCAGGCCCAGGUGCCCCAGCCGGGCAAGGUCAGCGACUACCAGAAGGGCCGCGACGGGCACCACCCGGAGCAGCCCAGGGGCGUCUUCUCCCGCGCGGUGCGGCUCAAGGUCGAGGACACGGCGGCGCUGUGGAACAAGCCCGAGCUCCCUGGCUGGCAGGUCGGCCCCAGGGCCAAGGGUAGAGGUGCCGCAGCAGGUGCCAAUGUCACAGUCGUGCCGGAUGCGCCGCCGAGGAGAUCAUCAGGAGAGCGCGAUGCCAGAUCCGGCUCGGCCCCUGAAAAGCUGCGCGAGGUCCACCUCGUGCUUUUGACCCAUGGGAUUCACAGUAACCUUGGCGCCGACAUGCUCUUCCUGAAGGAGAGCAUCGACGCGGGAGUGAGGCAAGCACGGAUAGACCGGAAGGCGAGGAGAGAAAAGGAAAGGGCUGAGGCCGAGGCUGCGCAGAAGAACGCAGACCUGGGUGGCGAGAAAGAGCAAGCUACCAGCGCUGAGAGUGCCGAGCCGCAGACCCGCCCUGACAUGGAGGAUGACGACGAUGAGGAGGUAAUCGUGCGUGGCUUUUCGGGCAACGCUACCCGGACAGAGAAAGGUAUCAAGUAUCUGGGGAAGCGGAUGGCUCGCUAUGUUCUCUCGAUGACGUACCCGGACCAGCCUUUUCUGCCUGCGGUCAAGGCAGCCUCAGAGUCCGUCUCCAACGUCUUCCAUCCGGGGAAUGCGUCCUCAUCAAAGCACGGGACCGAGGGAAAACCGUCCCACAAACACAGCACGAUUCACAAGGCGCCCAUCGAAGUCGAGAGGCGGGCGUACAAGAUCACCAAGAUCAGUUUCAUUGCCCACUCUCUAGGCGGGUUGGUCCAGACCUACGCAGUCGCGUAUAUACAAAAGCACUCGCCACAAUUCUUCGAUCUGAUCAAGCCGAUCAACUUCAUUGCGCUAGCAUCUCCAUUUCUUGGACUCAACCACGAGAACCCGCUAUAUGUCAAGUUUGCCCUUGACUUCGGCUUUGUAGGUCGGACUGGCCAGGACUUGGGGCUGACGUGGAGGGCGCCAACAAUUGCCAGGAGCGGUUGGGGCGCUAUCGUCAACCUGGGCGAGAAUGCACACAAAAGGGUGCUCGGCGAGGCCCAGCCGGAGUCUAAGCCGCUCCUGCGCAUCCUUCCCACGGGGCCUGCGCACACCGCGCUCAAGAAGUUCAGGAACCGAACGGUCUACUCGAAUGUUGUGAACGACGGAAUCGUUCCCCUCCGGACGAGCUGCCUGUUGUUCCUGGACUGGCAGGGUCUGGAGCGGGUGGAAAAGGCGAGACGCGAGACUGGCUUGGUCGAGGCCGUCGUCGGCUUCGGCUGGGCAGAGUUGACGGGCGCGAACGUGAGCUCGCCCAGAACAGCGCCGUACCAACCCUCAGACCAGCAGACCGGAGAACCGAGCCAAGAGGAGAUUGAUUCAGUAUCAACAAGCCCUACAAGUCCAACUGCGCAUGGGCACAACGACCACGAGGUUCCACAGCCAUCGGCAAACACGGUCCUGGAGGACGACAGGCAAAGCCUGAGAUCGGUCACAAACCCGUACCCGGAGCGGAUCCAGGGCAGCGGUCCUGACGCACAGGGCUACUCAACAGCCUCGACCAACACCCCAAACCCUCUGAGUGGUAUCUUCAAUUUCUUCAAGAGCCAUGAGCCGCCCAAGCCGACACCGCCACCCAGCGAGAAGCAGAAUAGGAUAUACAAAAGGAGCCAGACUCUGAAAGUGAUGGCUGGUGACGACUCGACAGACAACAACUCUGCCUCGUCCUCCAGAUCACGCGUGACGACUGGUCACGAGCUCGGCGACGACCCUGAGGGCGUGUCAGCACCUCCAAGGACUACUUUCUUCGAGUCGACUGCCGAUCUGCUGAAUCCCCGACUGCCCUCCGUUGAGUACCUCAUCGACCCAUCCAAGAGACCACGGACCAUCUUCCACGAUCGGGUGUACCAUCCUUCCGACAUCCCACCACCGCCCCUCAAGAAGCGUCCCACAGGGGCCCUCUCUCUUCGGCGUAAAUCGUUCCAACGCACCUCGUCCUCGAACUCUGUGCCCCAAGCUGGCGAGAGUCAAGGCUCCACGCUCACCCACCAGAACAGCGCCAAGAGCGGCAGCUCGUCCCCGUACCCCCCUUCUCCCACCAUGCCGCGCGAGGACUCGAUGGCCUCGCAGCACGACUACGACGACGCGGCCAACACCAACCCGGACCGGGACCCCGGCGAGGUCGUCGACAGCUCGCAGAUGCGCGUCGAGGAGAAGAUCGCGCGGGCCUACCACCGCGGCCUGUCGUGGCGCAAGGUCCUCGUUAAGCUCGAGCCCGACGCGCACAACAACCUCAUCGUGCGCCGCAUGUUUGCCAACGCCUUCGGCUGGCCCGUCGUCAAGCACCUCGUCGACGCGCACUUUAGCGACUCGGCGGCGGCGCGCAUGCGCGACGAGGACGAGAGCGGCCGCGACAUGGCGUUCCCGAUGGGCGAGGCGCCCGACCGGCACGGCGCCGAGACGGAGGCGCAGACGGAAGGGCUGCGGAGCGGGGGGCACGAGGGCCCGGAGAGGUCGCCCGGCGGGAGCAGUGGCCGCAGCCACGAGGCUGACGGUGGUGGUGGUGGUGGUGGCGGUGCGAAGGAAGCAGACGUGGGAAAGAACAAGCGUGUCGCGGCCACCAAUGCCGUCGGCGGCGAUGCGCAUCGCGAGCUGGAGCGGUCCGUGAGCGAGGCUCGCGAGGCGACCGACACGGUGCCGGAGCUGCCGCGCACACCGCUGCGCGAGGAGAGCGGCCGGCCCCUAUCGCGCCCGGGCUCGGACAGGCUCGACAGCGUGAGCUGGAGCGACCGGGACUGGCUCGACACGGAGGACGAGAGCGAGGCCGAGGCGCACGAUCUCGCGUACGGCGGUGGGCCGUCCCCGCGGCGCAAGAGCGAGGACGGUGACGACAUGAACAAGUCGCGGCCGGGCGGUGGCAAAGGGGGGGCAGGGCUGAGCGUCGCGACGGGGUCGCUGGAGGUCGGGGAGGACAGCAACGCCAAGAGGAGCUCGAGCCCGCUCGCGGGCGCGUGGAACUGGACGCAGGAGAAGAUCAUUGGGAAGGGGGCCGGCGCCUCGUCCAACCGGUCUCGGAGCCCGAGGGAGCCCCCUCCUGCUGCUGCCGGGUAG